AGCUAGUCUUUCGCGUGUUUUUGUGUUCUAGUGUCCAUCAGCUCAAGAUUGUCAGAGAAGUUGGGUAAAUAAACGAGAAUAUUACUAUCAUAGAAAGGAAGUUUUCCAAUAAAGCAACAACAAAUCACCUCAUCACAAAACAAUGGGGCGCAAACAGGGAUGCGUCAUAAAAACCUCUGCUACUGCUGCUACGACGAAAAAAACCACCACGAAGAAGGUUAUGCCACACGAUGAAUUUAUGAAACGUAUACGCAAAUCCUUGUAUUUCGGCCAAGAUUUAUAUGAAAAUGAAACCAUGGGUGUAUCUAAGCCUUUGGCCGAAUAUGCCUCUGAGCUAUUCUCUGAUACACAUCGUGGCCAUACUCUAAAUCGUUUGUCUUGUGUGGAGGCCUCCAGUGUGGUACCGGCCACACCAGCAGCCCUUAUAAUGGCUUUGAUAUAUUUGGAUCGUUUAUAUGCAACAGAUCCUGGCUAUGUGAGACGCAUAACACCACAAGAGUUGUUUAUUGUUUCUAUGAUGAUUUCCACCAAAUUUUAUGCUGGCUAUGAUGAGGACAUCUAUUUAUCUGAUUGGGCUGAAGAUGGUAAUAUGUCGGAAGAACGCAUAAAAGAAUUGGAACUGGAGUUCUUAAGCGCAAUUGAAUGGAAUAUAUACAUAUCGAAUGAACAGUUUUUCGACAAGCUUACAUGCAUUGAAAAAACUUUGGCUCGACGUGAAGGUUUACGGCGCGGCUGGCUUACCUACUCGGAGCUCAUGCAGAUGUUACCCUCAUUCACAUUGGCCAAAUUUUUGCUCAACAACAUAACCAUAAUGGCUGUCAGUUAUGCGGCCAGUGUUAUGACCAUAGCUGGAGCAUUCUUUUUGGCUGCACAAAUUCCGGGAACUUCAUUGCACCAACGCACUAGGACAACCACAUCCAGCAAUGACUUGUUGAAUGAUCCGGAAAUAAUAAGGCCCAAUGCCACAAACAAAACCUCGCCUACGUCUACUUCAUCUGUGAUCGAUAGCAACAUACGUCCGCACAAUCAUACCUCAAUGCCACUUGGCCUAAAUGUUGAAGAUGAACUGCUCAAAUUGGAAAGACAAUACCGUGAAGAGGCAAUUCGUGAUACCAUAAGGCUUAAGAAUAAUGAAAUUGCCACGGAAUCACGUUUGACAUUGCCACAGCAACAUUUCAUGGCAAAAUUGAAUGUCAAUCAGAAAUGUGCCAAAUAUGAUGCCAAUCAACAGCAACGUGGCUAUUGGUUUGUCCACAAGGAGGAGUACAGUGAACUGGAAGCUGGACGACUACCCUUGGCAAUGGCUAAUAAACUCGAUCAUCAUUUCCAAUCGCCUUUAAUUGUGCAACACUAUGAGAAUUCUGGGGACAUCAUCAAUGGCAUGAAAACAACAAUGGCCAACUACAAAUUCAAUAAUGCUUCAAUUACCUCAUUGUUUUGGAACUAUUUAAGCGAUACCGUACAUCAGCACGCCACAUUUAUGCGUUUGCCUUUUGUAUGGCUAAAAUUUAUGUAGGCGAAGCUCGAAUUGUUUGGGGCCAAAUGGAUAGGUCAAUUUAAAAACAAAAGUAAUUUUAAAACAAAACAAGAAACAGAAAAUGGAAAACUUUUUGCUAUCCAGUUAAGGCCCCAAGAAAGAAAAAAAUUUUGAGAAAACCGAAAUCUUUUCAUAUUUGGUUAUUAAAUAUUUGGAUUUCCUUGCUAACUUUACAAAUUUUAUUCCCUCAACAUAUACAAAUUAUUGCAGCAUAAGUAUUUAACCUUAAAUAUAUUUUUAAAAUAUCCAAUUUUGUUCUUCUUUUGCAAAAUAUUAAUUUUUUUAUAUUUAUUUUAUUUAAAAUUUAUAUUUAUUACACAAAAAAAAGUCAAUAUGUAUUUCCCAUCUAAAAAUUUGAAAUUUUUAAGGUAUGCAUAAAAUGACAACGAUUUUUAUUUUGAAUUUUAAUUUUUCGUACACAUAAAUUUUAAAUUCCUAAAAUUUUUUUUUAUAGUCGUCUGUAUUCUCUUACUAGAAAUUUGAAUACUUUUAUUAACUUUGUAAUGCAAAUAUAAUUUGCCUACUAGAAUUUAAAGUUACAGAAAAACCUAUUAAGGAAAUACAAAAAUAAAUUAUAUAUAUAUACACUCUCAUAUAUAUUUUUUGAGCAUAAAAUAA